CCCAUUAACAAUUAUUGGCAUCAUAUAAAUUCACCUCUAAAUACUAAACCCUAAUUUUACAUACCCUAGGUCGUCAGAUUCAUCGGAACAGGUAAUGGCUCCAAAACAGCCGAAUACUGGCCUUUUUGUUGGUCUUAACAAGGGCCACAUUGUCACCAAGAAGGAGUUGGCCCCAAGGCCCUCUGAUCGUAAAGGAAAAUCAAGUAAAAGAGUCCUCUUUGUCCGGAGUUUGAUCCGGGAAGUUGCUGGUUUUGCCCCAUAUGAGAAGAGAAUCACUGAGCUUCUAAAAGUUGGAAAGGACAAGCGUGCUCUGAAGGUAGCCAAAAGAAAGCUUGGAACCCACAAGCGAGCGAAGAAGAAGCGUGAGGAAAUGUCCAGUGUUCUAAGAAAGAUGAGGGCUGGUGGAGGUGCUGAGAAGAAAAAGUGAGAUCCACACUUGCUCAUUCAUUCAACGUCUUGCACUGUGGCUGCUCAUUUUUGUUUGUUUUAGGUUUCAAUUUGUUGGAGACCGAGACCGAGCUCAAGCUGAUAAUCAAUUUCAGUUUUGUUAUCUUUGAACUUGUUUUACUAACACCCAAUUUUGUUAUAGCCCCGUUUGUUUCAAUGAUGCAUUGUGGUUUGAUGAAUUAA